UGGCUACUUCUGGCUCGGAAAGUGACGCUGCCUCAUCUCUUAUCGGCAGGUAGAAGAGGUCUGCUUUCUGCAGCAUAUGUGAACAACCACAAAUGGGAAGCAAGAGAAAAAGAACAUUGUCACCUUGAACCUGUGCAUCUGCUGGCCCCUUGCUGAAACCUGAAGUGUGACUUUGACUGUGGAAGCCCGUGGUCCAGAAGCCUGUGGUGGUGGCCCUCUGCAAGCUGCAGCUGUCCCCGCUUUCCUGGCCCUCCCCGCUCUGUGCGGUUUUCUGCCUCAUUCAUCACACCAACACUAUAAUGUGAGCGGAUCUUGCAUCUUUAAUGGACCAAACAUAUGAGAGAAAACUGCCUGUUAGUUCUUUAACAAUAUCACGGUUUGUGGACAACAUUUCAUCUCGAGAAGAGAUAGAUCAUGCAGAAUAUUACCUUUACAAAUUUCGACAUAGUCCCAACUGCUGGUACCUAAGAGACUGGACUAUCCACACAUGGAUUAGACAGUGUCUAAAAUAUGGUGCAGAAGACAAAGCCUUGUAUACCCUCUUAAAUAAGGUUCAAUACGGAAUUUUUCCAGAUAACUUUACAUUCAAUUUACUGAUGGAUUCUUUCAUAAAGAAAGAAAAUUACAAAGAUGCUUUAUCUGUGGUUUUUGAGAUCAUGAUGCAAGAAGCCUUUGAAGCGCCUUCCACCCAACUUCUCUCCCUGUAUAUUUUAUACCACUGCCUGGAAAAGAAGACAGACUUCAGUUGGGAAGAAGAGAGGAACUUUGGUGCAUCCCUUUUACUUCCAGGCCUAAAACAAAAGAACUCAGUGGGUUUGAGUUCCCAGUUGUAUGGCUAUGCACUUCUUGGGAAGGUGGAAUUGCAGCAUGGGCUGCGAGCUGUGUACCACAACAUGCCUCUGAUAUGGAAACCAGGCUACCUUGACCGGGCCCUUCAAGUAAUGGAGAAGGUGGCCUCUUCCCCAGAAGAGGGAAAGCUGUGUAAAGAAGCGCUCGAUGUGCUAGACGGAGUGCUGCAAACGCUGGCAUCCCCAGCCGAAGGGGCUCCCGAGAAACAGUCCCAAGAAAGUGAAGACAACCAGGGCUCAGAAAACCUGGUGGAGCAGCUAGACAUAGAGGAGCCAGAACAAUCCAAGCUUCCCCGAUACCUGGAACGAUUUAAGACCUCACAGUCCAAGCUGCAGGCUCUGGAUAGAGUUGAGUCAAAAAGCCUCUUGACUCUGACCACCCAGCUUGUCAAGGAAAAGCUCCCCGCCUGUGAGGCAGAGGACCUUGCCGCCUAUGAGCAGAAGCUGCAGCAGUGGCAUCAGGAUCUGACGCAGUUGAUCCAGAGGGAGCGGGAGCAGAGGGAGAGAGCAAAACAGGAGCACCAGGCCCGGAAAGCUGCAAAGGCAGCAGCUUAACAGCCCCAGGCUGCCCUGCAUGAGAACCAAGGCUGCCACAGCACUCACCAGCAACAGGGCGGGCCCCCAGCCUCCGCUAUCUGACUUCUUGUUUUCUCAAAGCAAGUUUCAGGUGAUCUUAAAGCCACAGUGUGCUACAUAUCAGGAUACUGUGACUGCCCAGCCAGAAGCCAAGAAGGGCUGAGGAACUCGGCAAGUGGCAAGUUUUGAGGCCCUUGGUGGCGCAGGGAUCCAUUGUGAGCAUGGAGGGUUGGCAGUACAAAGUGAGGGAGCUGGGGAGACUGGCUGAAGAGUCAGGGCUCCCUGUUCUGCCCAGACACAGCAGGCCAAGGUAAACAGCAGGUCCUAAGACCUCCUGCCUCACUGUCCUCACUAGUGUACCUUCCCUAUGAACCAACUGUAGGUGCUCACCAUUCCACUCCUUCCCACCAUGCCUUGCCCAUAUGAUUCUGCUCUGGGAAAAAUCCAGGACAGUAGUGUACUCAGGACCGUGACCCCACUAGAUUUCAAAUUUUAGACACUGAUGGUGAUAGUUUUAGAAUGUAAGAGCCUUUGAGGAGAAACCCAGCCCUAGCCGUGAACCUUCUCAGCAUGACUUCAUCAUGUUGAGGUAAUUUUUCCAAAGCAUUGUCUAGCUGCCUUAUCAAGGAGGUAGAAUGAGCCUUUUGUAUACGCAUGCACACACGCGCACAGCACAUUUUUGUUAAAGACGUUGGAGAAAAUGAGAGAUGAGAUGGGUCCUGAAGUGCACAGAUGAUAUGCAGAAUUAUAACUGUCAGAAGAUGGGAAAUUUUUUCUUGAAGUUUCUCCUCUGUGAAAGGGUCGGGGACAGCCUUUGCUUGCUAUGUAAUGUUGCCUUUAAGUACAAUGGUGUAUUUUUGUUCAGGCUUAUGCUCAUUUAUCAAGAACCUGUGAAAAUAAAGAACACAC